AUGUACACCAAGGCCAUCGCUGCUCUUCUUCUCCUCACUCCGGCUCUAGCCAUACCCCAAGCUACGUCUGUAGCUACAUCGGAAGGCUCCUCCGACUCCAACGACUCGAUAUCGAUAUCCCCUGAAGCGUCGUCAAUCGCCAGCGACUAUAUGAGCGUGAUGGAGACUGCCGUUCCAGCCUCUUGGGAGUACAUGAACUCCGCCGAAAUAGCUUCAGUCGCCAGCGCCGCUGCGGCUGGCACCUACCCAGCCUGGUACAACGCCCUCCCAGCUAGCAUCAAAGCUGUAGUUACCGAGCUCGGUGGCUUUAACGAAGAGUUGCUCGGUGUUGGCUCUUCGACGGCUGUUGCUGCGGACAACGCUGCCUCCGAACAUACCACCAAACCUACUUCCGAAACCGCCGUGGCUACUACUGCUGCUGGCUCAUCUGACUUGGCUUCCACUUCAACUCAGACUUCAACUCAGACUGCAACUCAUGCUUCUGCGACAUCGGGUGCUGCUUCCAGCUCUGAGUCCACUACCCCUUCGUCUGCGAGCUCAACUGGUGGUGCCCCUGCUGCUACUGGCAGUGUCGCUUUGGGCGUUGCUGGAGCGGUUGGCUUUUUGGGUCUUGCUCUUGCGCUUUAG